AUGGCAAACGACAAUGGAAUGGAGUUUAGUGUCAUUCUCAUACUGAUUACUCAUUUGGAGUGUUUGAGUCAACUGACUAACAUGUUUGUCAGUAUAUGUGCCGUGUUGUUACGCAUUGCUGAAAAUCGGAGAAAUAGACGCAGGGCAGUGGCAUACAAUUUUUGUGGUAGGGCUAGGGUCAGGGAAGUAAACUUCCUUAGGAUUGUUCAUAUAAGUGACACGGCUUGUAUCGAGAAUACAAGGAUGGAUAGGAGGUGCUUUCAUAACUUGUGUGGGUUGCUUAAAACUGUUGGCCAACUUCAACCGACACGACAUAUGGGUGUUGAGGAGAUGGUUGCAAUUUUUCUCCACAUCUUGGCUCACGAUGUCAAGAACAGGAUAAUUAAAAGACAAUUCAUGCGGUCAGGGGAAACCAUCAGUAGACAGUUCUCUAAUGUGUUGCUGGCAGUGUUACGUUGUCAUAAUGUUCUGCUUAAGCGACCAGAGCCAAUCCCGGAAAACUCAACUGAUGAAAAGUGGAAGUGGUUCAAGAAUUGUUUAGGAGCUCUUGAUGGGACACACAUAAAGAUUAAUCCCUUACAAGCAGAUAAGGCCAGAUACCGGACUCGAAAGGGUGAAAUUGCAACUAAUGUUUUAGGGGUUUGUUCUCAAGAUGGUCAAUUUAUAUUCGUCUUGCCUGGUUGGGAGGGUUCAGCUGCAGAUUCUAGGGUGCUAAGAGAUGACAUAGCUCGUACAAACGGUUUGAAGGUUCCUAAAGGGUAUUAUUACCUAUGUGAUGCUGGUUACAUGAAUGGGGAAGGUUUCCUUGCGCCGUAUAGAGGACAACGAUAUCAUCUUAGCGAAUGGAGGCACGAUGCCCAACCAAGAACAGCUCAAGAAUUUUUUAAUAUGAAACACUCCUCUGCAAGGAACGUCAUUGAACGAGUCUUUGGAAUGCUAAAAGGGCGUUGGGCAAUUGUUUGA